GGUUAUUCGCUAUAAUUAGUGGUACAUUAUAUUAAUUACUCCUUAAUUAUCAUGUUAAUGCAAAGAAUCACGUACUUUAAAUAGCAUUUUCUUCAACAACAAUUCUACAAAUUACAUCUGCAAACUUUCGGUGACUCCAAAAAAAAAAACAUCGCCAUUUUUUCAGACGAAGAUCUAGGCACACUACCAACAACAGCAGUCUCCCCCUUUCUCCGAUUAUUCAAACCCCACAUUUUUCGGGUUUUCAUUUUUUCGGAGGGCACAUGGAGAAAAUGCGGCAGUGGGGCAGUGACUCCGGCGGCGGCGGAUCGCCGGUGCGUGGGCACCACGCGCGUGCGUCUUCCGUGAGCGGCAUUUCGACAAUCAAGCGCAAUCAGAACUUCGCGGCUAAAGCCGCGGCUCAGCGGCUCGCUCAGGUCAUGGCUUCCCAAUCGGCGGCGGAUGACGACGAUGAUGACGACGACAUUGGUGACAGUGACGGCGAUUUAGGACUCCGAUUCAAUCCUCCUCUUCCUCUGUCUUUCUCCAGGCCGCCCAUCAACACUAACGGCGUUAAGCCUCUGGUUCCUCCUCCUAAGAUUCUUAGAUCUUCUUCUGAUGCGGUGACUCGCAACUUACUGGAUGAUGCUCUACCAGCUCGCUCGACUUCAACAGGGAGGCCUUCGAUGUCAAUCAGAACAACGCCAGCUGUACCUCCAAGUAUACCUUCACUGAAAACGCCUGCGCCUAUUCCACCAAUCGUUCCUCCUAACAACAGGCAAAGAGAAAAAAAGUUCUCACCCGAUUUUGGACAGUUGAAUUUUAAAGAUGCGGGAGACGGGCGUUCUUCUUCUGCACUUCGUGAUGAACUCGAUAUGUUACAAGAAGAAAAUGAGAAUGUUCUUGAAAAGCUCCAACUUGCAGAGGAGAGUUGUGUAGCAGCCGAAGCAAGAGUCAGGGAGCUUGAGAAACAGGUUGCUUCUCUUGGAGAAGGAGUAUCGUUGGAAGCUAAACUGUUGAGCAGGAAGGAAGCUGCACUUCGUCAAAGAGAAGCUGCACUUAAAGAGGCUAAGCUAGCUAAAGAUGGGGUAGAUGUGGACUUGUCAUCAUUGCAAUCUGAUGUAAAGAUUGCUAAAGCUGAGGCUGCAACUACUUUUGAACAACUACGUGAAACUGAGUCUGAAGUCAAAGCUCUUCGCUCUAUGACACAAAGAAUGGUGUUGACCCAAAAUGAAAUGGAAGAAGUUGUUCUUAAAAGGUGCUGGCUGGCAAGAUACUGGGGCUUAGCUGCUCAAUAUGGCAUAUGUGCGGAUAUUGCCUCUGCAAAGCACGAAUAUUGGUCAUCUUUGGCACCUCUUCCUUUAGAAAUUGUUCUAUCUGCUGGACAGAAGGCUAAGGAAGAGUGCUGGAACAAAGGUGAAAACCAUCCGCAAAGGAGUAAACUUGUUGACGACUUUAAUGAUCUUACUGGAGACGGAAAUAUUGAGAGCAUGCUAACAGUUGAAAUGGGCUUAAAAGAACUAGCUUCCUUGAAGGUUGAAGAAUCUAUGGUUCUGGCAUUUGCUCAACAAAGACGUCCAAAUUCUUCAAGGACAUCCAUGCCAGACUUCAAAUCACCAAUUGAUCCGAAGUAUAUGGAAGCAUUUGAACUUAGCCCAGAGGAAUCUGAGGAUGUCCUGUUUAAGGAGGCAUGGCUUAUGUACUUUUGGAGAAGAGCUAAAGCUUACGGUAUAGAAGAGGAAAUUGCAAACGAGAGACUGAAAUUCUGGAUCGGCCGCAGCGGCCAGUCACCAACUUCGCAUGACGCAGUCGAUGUUGAGCAAGGUCUAAUGGAGAUUAGGAAAUUGGGAAUCAAGCAACGGCUUUGGGAAGCUUCCCGGAAAGAAAUUGAACAGGACACUUCCCUUCUUAACGGAUGAUCUAAAUCUGCUGCAUACUCGAGAUUGAAACGAGCUGUUUUCUACUACUCUACACUCUUACACUUGAUAGCAGAAGUUAAAAUUAUAUCUUCGUUAUUUUUUAUAACAUCGUUUUGUAUUUAGGUUGUUCCCUUUACUCUAGCAACUAUACGGUGUAAAUUGAUCUUCAAAAUCACACGAGUUAUUUUAUUGUACGAGUUAGACUCCAGAAAAUAAAAUUAACAGUACUUUUGCCACUUUUGCCAGGUGUAAAUAUUUUCUUUUA